ACACUCGGCGGAGAUCCUCAGACGAUAGCCUGACGGAAAAACUGACGGACGUAACUUCAAACACGUUUCUGACACCAUUACACUUUGCAUCUUGAAUCCGAUCUUUAAAUCAUCGUUGGCGACGUUUGCAACGACAUCAAUCGAUCGGUCAAUUAUCGUAAAAUUCUACAGUGAAGGCAAUGACAAUUGAUUGAGAGCUCUCGCAGCCAGAGGCACGUUAUGAUAUAAGAUUGCUGGUAGCCGAGGAUCAAUCGUCCGAUACGUGCACACAUGAGGAUGACCUCCUACAUGGCCUUCCAGCAAUACGACCUCCUGGACUCCGAGGGUUACGGAUCGGCAAGCAGCCCAGAAUCGAAUCCGCGUAGCAAUUGGCAUCAUCAAGAGAUCUAUCCGCAGCCGCCGCGGUCCCGUGGCAGCAGCUGCGGCAGCGUUAGCUCCGUGGAUAGUCAUCAUCAACAGGAAUAUCAGGAGAUCGGCGGCGGUACCCCCAAUGGCAUCCUUCAUGUGACCGCCGGCUUCAACUUCGGCGAUUUUUACGAGGGUUACUAUCAGGAAGGUGGCUGCCGCAACGAGCAUCAGCCAACGUUGAAUGGUGACGGCACUAGGAACGUCACGGAUCUUCACGCCAAAUUUAUCUUUAGGAUGAACGAACAGUGUGCGACUUACGAUGACGCUGCAUCUAGGAUGGCCUUCAACGAGGGUAUUAUGAAUAAGCAGGAUCUAGCAGGAUACGUCCAAAAGACGGACCACCUUUUGGCUGGAGCAUACGCAAACUCGAGGACCGACUUCGGUCAGAGUCAGCCUGUCUUUGCCACGAAGGGUUACGCGAAGAGCGGUGCCUAUCAUCCGCGAAACGAGAAUCACCGUUACGCUCAGAGGAAUCACCCUUACGUCACUUACACCAUGCCGAAAAAUGAGUCUGGCCUGCCGAGCGGUCAGCCGAGCAAGUGUGAUCAGUCGAGAUAUCAUCAGAGAAACGACAGUCUCCACGUCGUUUUGCCAGUGGAAUACGCCAACCAGAAAUCUAAAGAGACGGCCGUGCAGAAGAUAAAAAGCAGCGCGCCCGGUGUCGAGGUAUUGAGGAAGAGAAGACUGGCGGCGAACGCCAGAGAAAGAAGAAGAAUGAACAGUCUAAACGACGCCUUUGACAGACUGCGCGACGUUGUGCCCAGUCUAGGCAAUGAUAGGAAGCUCAGUAAGUUCGAAACACUGCAAAUGGCGCAGACUUACAUCGCCGCGCUUUACGAGCUGCUGCAACGCAAAUAAACAUCCGAAUCCGAAAACUCGGAUCUUCUUCCGAAAAGGAGAACAGCGUUUUGUUCGGCAUUGUGUCUUCUUGCAUGUUGCUGCGGUGACCUAGAGAAGAUCGCGGAACAUCGAAUAGAAGAGCUAAGAAGCCCGAUAAGCAGUCCAUCCUGACAAUGACGAAAACUUUAAAUCUCUUCAAGAGGCUGCGAAAUCAACCGAAAUUGGAAUCAACAUCUUCGUCUUUGUGGAAUUCUGAAGGACGUUUCUGAAUCCUCGCUUGAACUUCCUCCGACGAGUUUGGAGAGAAGCAGAUUGAAAGAUCACUGCUCCAUUCUUCGACAAGAAACGACGAGGCGCGUCCUUCUUUCGACAGACUGCGAGACGUCCGUAGGUAAUGACGAAUUGUCGGGGUACCGAGAACGAGACAGCUCGCUCGCGAGGGGGCAUGAAUUAACGAGCGAACUGGGAAUCGAGACUUCAUUAACUUGUAAACGAGUCACUCGACCAUGGCGGCAUCGAUCGUGAACGGUAUGUAAACGGAAAAAUAUAGUACCAGAAAGCGUCGUUAUCGAAUCAAGAUCUUAUAGACUUAUCAUUUACUCAUAAACUCGAUUUAGUUGUUAAAAAUUUGGUU